GGUGAUCCUCUUUUGUUCUGGGAGGACUGGAGCACCGUGGAGCGCUAUAGUCCCCGUCCUGAAGGAAGGAUCAUCCAGAAGCCUGCAUUUGACUGCCUGGUGCCUACCGCCCUUCACCAAGGGUUUGAAGGACAGAGACGUUGAAGAGCCAAACUGACGUGAAAAGGGUUUUUUGAAGAUGAGCGCUUACAACGUAAUGCUGAGUGGUCCUGCCCCAUGGGGCUUCCGGCUGCAGGGGGGCAAGGACUUCAACAUGCCCCUCACCAUCUCUAGGAUUACUCCAGGGAGCAAAGCAGCACAGGGCAACCUGAUCCCGGGUGACAUUAUCGUGGCCAUCGACGGGGUCAGCACGGAGGGCAUGACCCAUCUGGAGGCUCAAAACAAGAUUAAGUGUGCCAGCUUCAAUCUUUCCCUCACCAUGCAAAGGUCAAAACGCCCAGCUCCAAUACCCACUGUUCCAAUGCCCACAAGAAUUGACAUCUCCAAACCCAUCAUCCCACACCAGAAGGUCAUCAUCAACACCCCUGCCAACAAUGAGUACGUUCCCAGCUUCAGCCCCAGUGCAUUGAAGGACUCCGCCUUGUCUACCCACAAGCCCAUCGAGGUCAAGGGUCCCGGUGGCAAGGCAACCAUCAUUCAUGCCCAGUACAACACCCCUAUUAGCAUGUACUCCCAGGAUGCUAUAAUGGAUGCCAUAGCUGGCCAGGCUCAGGCCAGAGGCAGUGAUUUAUCCAGCAGCGACACCCCAGCUAUCAGCUCUCCCCUUGCUACUCCUGUUGAGCAUGCCCCAGUCUCCACAAGCCCAACGCCUGCUUCUCUGCCCGCUGCUGCUGCUUCGCCCAGCCAACCUGCUUCCGCACCACAGAGCCUUGCCGAUCAGGUGCCGCCUUCUCCUCCUGCCGCCCAGACUCCGGUGGCUGCUACCCCCACCUCAAAGAGCUCGAAUGCACCCCCAUCCUCAGCGGCCCCAUCUUCAGGACCUCGCCACCUGUCGCUUGCUGCCUCUACUAUCUCCUCUGCUCUCUCUGCACAGUCUAGAAACUAUGUUAGUAAGCCAGGGCCACCACCGACCUCGGCACUGGAGGCCCUGCCAAUCACCCCUGUCUUCCGCACCCGAUCUCUGCCCGAACGAACACCCACUCUGCCCUCUGGGAAGCCCAAGCGCUUGAGCUUCAACAUGCAGACUUCCUCUGGUUACAGCUCCCAGUUCAAAUCCACCCCCUCCAGGCCCUAUGGCCAACCCCCAUCCCUGCAGCAAAGUUCCAUCGAGAUCCCCAUGGGCCCACCCCCAGCCAAGGUUGUCAGCACAGCCACCAUUGUGCCUACCGCCUACCCUGCUGCUCCAGCUCCAGCCCCAGCCCCCAUCCACAUCCCUGCUCCAGCCCCUCCUCCUGCCGCCUCUGUUCCCACCGCAUCCGGCAGGCCUCCCUGGAUCUCCGACAGCAGCUUUGCUCAGAAGUUUGACCCUAGCAAGACUACUACCACCAGUGUCAAAGUUCAGCCUCUGCCCCAGGCGGCACCCCCUCCUCCAACCUAUAUCCCAAACCCCACCCAGGCCCCUCCUGCCCCAAGCCCAGCCUACAACCCUUCCCCUGUCUCUGCCCCCGCCCCCUUCCCACCAGUAGCACGUGGGGUGGCCCAGAGAGCCGAACGGUUUGCCGCCAGCAGUCGGACACCUCUCUGUGCAGCCUGCAACAGCAUCAUCAGGGGACCUUUUCUGGUGGCACUGGGUCGGUCCUGGCACCCAGAGGAGUUUAAUUGCCACUACUGCCACACCUCGCUGGCAGAUGUCUGCUUUGUGGAGGAGCAGAACAAUGUGUACUGUGAGAGCUGCUACAGGGAGUUCUUCGCCCCCACCUGCGCCCGGUGUAGUACCAAGAUCAUGGGGGAAGUGAUGCACGCGCUGCGGCAGACUUGGCACACCACAUGCUUUGUGUGUGCCGCCUGCGGCAAGCCGUUUGGCAACAGCCUCUUCCACAUGGAGGACGGCGAGCCCUACUGUGAGAAAGAUUACGUUGCCCUCUUCAGUACCAAGUGCCACGGCUGUGACUUCCCAGUGGAGGCCGGAGACAAGUUUAUCGAAGCACUGGGCCACACCUGGCACGAUACCUGCUUCGUCUGCGCGGUGUGCCACAUCAACCUGGAAGGCCAACCAUUCUACUCCAAGAAGGACAAACCCUUAUGCAAGAAGCAUGCCCAUGCCAUCAAUGUGUAGCUUCAGCAUGCAGGGUGUGGAAGGCAGGGCUGGUGGCUACUGUGUUACCCCUGACUUCACAGUCCCAUGGGAGGGCAGCGAAUGGGGGGUAAUCUCCACUGGCAGAAUGCCACCACCCUCAGCACAAAGAAUGGAAACGUCAACAGCAAUAUUGUGACAACAGAGAGAAUAAACGUAAAUCAACCCAUUUAAGAGCAAGUAGCUCAUUACAUCUACUGAAACCUAGUAAUGACAGCUGUCAAGCUAAAGAAACAAAACGUGGUUUUUUCUGGUUCUGUGGUUGUGAGAAAACAGAAAGUUCAGCUGUGACCAAGAUAUUUUGGAAAGUGGUCUAUCUUUAAUUAUAUAAAUUACUGUCUUUUUCUGAAAUUUCUAGUGUGCAGCUCAAUGGGUUAAUGUGUUAGUCAUCCUCAUUGACAUUAAAUCCCUUCUUGAUAUGAAUAUAUUCCAGGAGGAAAAAACAAGUGUCACCAAAUACAAGAUGGGAAACUCCGCAUAAAUGCAUAUCUGCAUUCAUGUUAUUUGUGAUUUAAAAAAAAUAUCUUGGUCCAAAGCUGACACAUUCAUAAAACUGUAGGACGAUCAGAUUUGUUAAAUUUAAGUUUGAGGUGAUGAAAUCCUUUGCCUAUUUUAAUAGGAUAAGUUUAUGGUGAAAAGGAUAGUUUAUGGUAGAGUAUGAAUAUUAAAUACAGAGUAGAAACUGAAAAUGUUAUAUAGUGUUUUCAGUUUAUUUUUAGAACUUUAUAACAGGCUAAUAGCUAUAAACCAACAUUAUAAAAUUAAUCAAAAGACUAGUUUAUUGACAUAAACGUGAUGAAGAAAUGAUUCAACACAUUUCAAAUACUUAUUUAAAACUCUUCAUAGUAAGAUCCAUGAUUUAUUUUUAAAGUAUUUAUUUUAUCUAUUUUAAUUUAUUUGCUUUUUCAUUGUCAGUUUAUAUUGUGCAUCAUUACUGCUUUGUAUCGGCAGCGAUGCUUUGUGAAUACAACGGUCACCUGCUGUUCAUUGGGUGUGGGCGCUACAAAUGUUUGGUUGCCCAGAGGGGAAACCGCUGCUUAGAGUACAGUACAGGUGUGGGAUGGGGUGACACUUUAAAGGAAGCUUCUCUUUUUAUUGAUGGCACGGGAAUAGGCUUGGUCAGCUGGUUGUCUGCACGUUGGCCUGCAGUAGGAAAGCAGGUGAUCUCCCACCUGCGGUCUUGAUGUAAGGUAUUUACAAGACCCAAAUCAACUUGAAAUCAUGGUGUGCCUUACGCUGUUACGGCAUACUGUUUUUUUUUUUUGGUUUUUUUUUGUCUAAAUUAGGAGGAAACGUUGUGUGUGUCUGUUUUUCUAAUUUAUGGCCAAACGGGCCCCACGUAACCUUUUUAUAUCACCAACAAUUUGUAAUGCUUGGGUUGUUAGGCAGAACGAGACCGGCACUCAUGCAUUUCUUUUUACAAUUGAUUUUCUAAAUUUUGUGUGUAGUCUCACUUUUUUUUUGUGACGCGUGUCUGCGAUUUAGCCGCUUCGUAGUGUUUGGGGUCCUUUUGCGAGACGUGCGCUGGUGAAACGGAGAAGCAAGUGUGACGGAAAGCCUGUCGUGUUUUCUGAAAAGAUACUGGAGGCUGCGGUUUGUGACCUGGCUUAGGAAAACACCAAAUAGAAAUCAUUUUUCAGGUGAGUCUGAAGAGGAAGAGAAUGAGGAAGAGGCUGAAGGGAAAACACACACACACACACACACACACACACACAUAAACCAGUAAUGUAGAAUUCCUUCCCUACAGUGCACCAAAGAGCCAUUCUAGGACCAAGUGGCCCUUUUUCAUAGAAAACAGCCUGCAGUGCUUUUUAUAAAGUACCUCUUUCACCAAUACUUUGUGAAAACACCCUAGAAGUACUUGUCGUUCCAACUUUAUCCCAUUUGCUCCUUUGUGAGCCACUUAGUUUGUGAUACAACUCAUAACCCAGACAGUUCAUCGCUAAAAUACGGAAUGGAGACUUCACAUAUUAUCACGUUUUCUUUCCCUGAAUGUAUUCGAAGAUAGCAAAUUCCCCCUUAAUAAUUCUGAAAUAUGUAUUUACUUUACUCAUUUAGCUGACACUUUCCCCCAAAGCGACUUACAAUGUUAA